AUGUUACUAAUUCUUCUCAGUCUACUUUUAAGUUUAACAGCAAGGAAGCAACCCUUCUCAAUGCUCUUUCUUUAUUCUUGGGAGCAUGGAAUCAGUGCUUACAAGGUGAAGCCAGUUGGUAAAUGCCUCUUCUUGGGACUGUCUUCACUGGGAGGAACGCAACUCUUUUCUCUUUGGAGAAGUCAGUUGGUAAAUGCCACAUGGAAACUCACAGUUGAAUUGGAAAAAACAAUCAUAUGGGAGAAGUAUGAGG